UAAACUCUUCUGUGGUCUGUUUAACCAACAAAGCUACAGCUGCACUCACAGCAAGGUUAUGACACAGAGCAGCAGCUAGAAGAACCAAACUCCAUGACAUCGACGGUGAAUAAAGUGGCUUCAAAAAAUGGAUCUACUGGAAAUAGAUGAGAAAAGUGUUGAACUGAGUGAUACGAAUGGCUUGAAAGAUAAAGACCAUCACUGCUCAAAUGGUUCUGCUACGGAAGAUGAACCUUUGCUCCGAGAAAACUCCAGACGGUUUGUCAUUUUCCCCAUCCAGUACCACGACAUCUGGAAGAUGUACAAGCAGGCACAAGCCUCGUUCUGGACGGUGGAGGAAGUUGAUCUUUCCAAAGACUUGCCACAUUGGGACCGUUUAAAGCCUGAGGAAAGACACUUCAUCUCCCAUGUUCUAGCCUUCUUUGCUGCAAGUGAUGGGAUUGUCAACGAGAACCUGGUGCAAAGGUUUAGCCAGGAGGUGCAGGUCGCUGAAGCACGCUCCUUCUACAGCUUUCAGAUCCUCAUUGAGACUGUUCACUCAGAGAUGUACAGCAUGCUUAUCAACACUUACAUCAGGGACCUUAAGGAAAGGGACAACUUAUUUAACGCCAUUGAGACAAUGCAGUGUGUGAAGAGAAAAGCAGACUGGGCCCUCCAGUGGAUAAAUGACAGCAAAUCCUCGUUUGGGGAGCGACUUGUGGCUUUCGUAGCAGUGGAGGGCAUCUUCUUCUCUGGCUCAUUCGCUGCCAUCUAUUGGCUGAAGAAGAGAGGACUAAUGCCAGGUCUUACCUACUCCAACGAGCUGAUAAGCAGGGAUGAGGGCUUGCACUGUAACUUUGCCUGCCUGCUGUACAGCUACCUGUUGAAGAAGCCGUCAGAGGACCGCGUGAAGGACAUCAUCACCAAAGCUGUUAGCAUUGAGCAGGAGUUUUUGACGGAGGCCUUACCAGUGGAUCUCAUUGGAAUCAAUUGUUGUCUGAUGAAGCAGUAUAUUGAGUUUGUGGCUGACAGGCUUCUCACAGACCUUGGACUGGCUAAGGUUUACCAAGCAGAGAAUCCAUUCGACUUCAUGGAAUCUAUUUCACUAGAGGGGAAAACCAACUUCUUCGAGAAACGAGUUGGAGAGUAUCAGAGAUUUGGAGUGAUGUCGAACAUGAUGGACUGUGAAUUCACUCUGGAUGCAGAUUUCUGAAACUAAGGUUAAAUAAUGUUGUCAAGAUUUGUUACUUUUAAUCUAUCUAUUUCUUCUUUUUUUGUAUAGAGGCAUUUGUAAAAAAUAAAUCUAAAACACCUUUAAAAUACUUUCACAGUAUAAUAAAGUACAAAACAAUGGUUGUCAGGUUAGAGUUGCAAUUUUCAGCAACCAUUUAUGUUGUUUUUUUACAGUAGGGUUUGAGAAUUAUAACUUGGGUUUGUUAGUUAGCAGUCAAAUAGCUUGCAAAAUGUAACGGGAAGAACAAAACCCCUUGAAAACGCUGCUAAUUGCUAUUUGAGACUUCAACAAACUUCUGGGCAGGUAUAUGAACAGUUAAAGUUAAAACGUUUAUGAGAUGAUAAAGGUGAUGACAGUUUGCUUCUACAG